AUGCUGGGCAGGAAUGCAGCCAGACCCCUGGGGAUGAUCCCCACAAGGCUCGUCACCGCCUACAGCUCAGUCGCAGCACACAGACUCGCCCACUGGAUGCUGUCCCGCCCCUUCGCCAUGGCCACCAUGCAACGCUACCUCUCCAUCGCCCCUCAGUACCUCCUCACUCCUGCUAGUAGUAGUCAGGGAAUUUCGACUCCGACCCUGGUUGCCCUCGAUGGGUCCGCCACCAAUUCAACACAGUCAUUGUGUCAACUGCAUACUUCCACAACAGCAACAGCAACUGCUGCUACUCUCCUUCAGCACCAACCGCCACCACCAUUACUAGCACACGAUGUCCUCUUACCGCCAGACCUCUUUGGGACAUCCACUCUGGCAUCACCUGCCUCUUCUUCCUCCGACACAACCGCUUCCGAAGUGAUCCCACAAGCAGUAGCAACACCAACACCCGCAUCACAUAACGCCAUUGCAUACAACUAUCUCCUCGCAGCAAGCUGGCACCCCAAAUCCAGACAGCGACAGCAGCAGCAACAAGUGCAACAAGUACAAAAGGCACAGGCGGAUGCAGAGGCAGCAAAUACUGCCCGAACUUUACUCUGGAAGGAGAAAUUAAAGGCGGCUCAUCCUCAUCCUGGCAAAGUCGACGCUGGCGAGGAUGCCUUCUUCCAUGUCUCCACACGCAGUCGAGUCGCCCUUGGAGUUGCUGACGGUGUUGGCGGCUGGUCAGAGCUGGGAGUCGACCCUGCGUUGUUCUCAUGGGCGUUGAUGAACAAUGCUGAAAACAUUGCUCGAUUGACAGACUGUGUGCCACCCGAGAUAGAUCUUCCCACCGCUGGCAGUGAGAGGAGUAUUCUGGAUGCUCAGACAAUCUUGGACGGUGCCUACAACGAACUGGUCCAGAGUGGGACCGUCGAAGCAGGAUCCAGUACAGCUUGUAUCUUGUCACUUUGUAAGACCACGGGAACACUGCGAGCAUCCAACUUGGGCGACAGUGCCUUUUUGCUGAUCCGUGGCAACAAGUGCAUCUACGAGUCACCCUCCCAGCAGCACUUUUGGAACUGCCCUUACCAACUUACUGUCUUGCCCAAGGACCGUCAACAGCAACAGCAGCAACAGAAGCAACAACAGCAGCAGAGAAGUAGUGAUACUGACGGCAAGGACAAUGCAACACAACAGGAUGCGACAGCAGCACCAACAGUAGCGGCAAAAAAGGCCAAGAAAUAUAUCCAAGAUUUACCAAAGGACGCGGUUCAGACUACACAUCAAUUGCAGGACGGUGAUGUGAUUGUGCUGGCGACAGAUGGCUUCUGGGACAACGUAUUUACCAAAGAGGCCAUUGAGCUUGUUGACCGGGAGCUGGGCGAUGUUAUCCGCGACCAGCAGUUGCUCCAUUCUACCACACAUCGGUUAUCGUCGGCUGGAGAGAUUGUCGAGGCCAUGUCUGCGGACGAGAUCCUGGCCAGAGUGCGGGCACUCUCCAAGCGACUCACCAACACUGCAAGACGGUUCUCUCUCGAUGCCAAGCGCACGACUCCCUUCAGCCAGGGAGCCCGUCAUAUCCAGUCGGGCGGAAAAGUGGAUGAUAUCACGGUUAUUGUCACCUUGGUUCGAUCUACGGCACCUCAACUGUAA